CACAAUCUGUUGCCAUUUCAUUCAGACUAGAGCGUUGAAUGUAAUGCUGCACGCUUGAGCAACGCAAUGAAUAAUUCUUUGCACGGCACAUUGAAUAGUACUUUUAUCGGCAACUUGACCACCACCGCUCCUACCACUGCAGCACAGACAAAACAAGAUGUGACGAUGAGGGUGGUGUUUGGCAUUAUUGCAGGGCUUUCAUUUUUUGGCAACCUUCUCCUAUGUGUGACAAUUGUUCGUAAGCGGUCAAUGUUGAAAAAAGCCUACAAUGUGCUUAUACUCAACCUCGCCGUAACAGAUAUGCUCUCAGGAAUCUUCAUAGUUGCUACUCCAGACUACCUUAUCGACCGAAAAACAUUUCCCUACCCGCCAGGCCUUGCGGGCGAGAUCUACUGCCGUCUGAUUGGCUCAACCUACAUUCUGUUCAUCUUCGGGAAGGCGUCCACGUCCACUAUCAUGUGUUUGGCAAUCGACCGCUGGUACUCCAUCGUGAAACCCAUCCAAUACAAAACUACGUUCAGUAAGAAGCGACUGUACACUUACAUAGCGCUGAUCUGGGCGCUUAGCUGCAUCACACAGAUGAAUGAACUCUUCAUUGCUACCGUGGAGGAAGGCUUGUGUACGUUUGUAACACCACCUUACGGCGCCAAAGUCGAACGUUUCCUCAUUCUCGCUCACGUGGUCUUAACGUUCUACAUUCCAAGCAUUAUCACGUGGGUGUCAUUUGCGCAUAUUUUGUACCACCUGCGACGCCGAACGGUACAGCGUCACGUGAACAACACCAAGGCAAUGCACCGGCUACUGCGCAUGUGCGCCCUGGCGGCUUUUUUCCUCUCCAUCUGCUGGCUCCCAACAGAGACGUUCUUCAUCUUGUACAAGUUUGAAGCUUAUAAGCUCGACUUUACCGCGAGACUUGUGUUCGGUGUUCUUGCCAUGGCAAACUCUUGUUUGAAUCCUUUUCUUUACUGCCUCACCAAUAAAGAAUACCGGAGAGAGUUUACGAAGCUGUUGUGUUGUAAGUCGGCUAUCGAGGAUAACUCUGAUUCCCGGAUUCGCGGGAUUGGAUUUUCGUUCACAAACACGGUUAUUCUUGAUCGUGAGGCCUCGUCUAGCCGAUAUGAGAUGAGACGGAUGUCGUCUUUCCCGUCGGUUUUCUCGACCACUUCAACAUCACCCACAUUAAGAAGGUAUUCAAUAAAAGCAGAUGAUUACGAGAUGACUGAGGUUUCCGCCUGGACUGUGUUGAACGAGAGUAAUUCCAACUCGACGUCGGGAGAGAUGGCGCGCGAAGGGGUGUUCGCGCACAUUGCGUUUGGCAUUAUCACCUCCCUCUCGCUGGUUGGAAAUAUACUCAUUUGUGUCGUGGUAUUGAGAAGAAGAAGACUGCUCAGGAAACCGUACAACAUUCUAAUCCUGAACUUAGCCAUAACUGAUCUUCUAACAGGGAUUUUCCUUGCCAUUACACCAGACUUCCUUAUCCCUGAGCGCUUCUUCUUGGUCUCUGUUAGCCUGGCCGGCGAGGUGUUCUGCCGCCUGAUCGCUUCCACUUACGCGCUCUUCAUCUUCUGCAAGGCUUCCACGCUGACAGUGAUGUGUAUGGCUAUCGAGCGAUGGUAUGCGGUCGUCAGGCCUGUCCAAUACAAAGUCACUUUCCAGACACGGCGCGUCUGCAUGUACAUUGCUACUGUCUGGCUCUUUAGCUGUGCAACUCAGAUAAACGAACUUUUCCAGACAAAAGUGCGAGAUAGUCGGUGCAUACUAGCAGUGCCGCCGUACGGUGCCCAGAUCGCGCGCAUUCUGACAGUCGUGCAUAUUGGCAUUACAUUUUUCCUACCCGUUCUCGUUACUUGGGUAACCUUUGCGCAUGUGUGCUCAAGUAUGGGGAAAAGCCGUGUAAGCUUUCAGUCGCACAACAAAGGGAACAGCGCGUAUUACGUCACUAAGAAGCGUCUCGUGCGCAUGUGCGCCAUGACAGCUCUGCUGCUUACACUGUGCUGGUUUCCGGCGGAAGUGUUUUUUAUUCUGCGUCAGUUUGACAUCUUAGUGUUGCCCCACGGGUUCUAUCAGUUCACUGAUGUGCUGGCUAUGUUUAACUCGUGCGUCAAUCCCGCCAUCUACUGUCUGAGUAACCAGGAAUACCGCCGGGACUUCUUGGAUUUGUUUCGUCGUGAUCGCGUAGAGAUGAUUCCCUCAUGCAGAAAAACGACACUGACUCUAUCUCCGGAUGAUACAAGACAUCGAAGGGCGACCUUUACGCAGUCUCCGGAUGAUAACAGACAUCGCAGGGCGACGCUUCUGUCUGUAGAUGAUAACAGACAUAGAAGGGCGACCUUCACGCAGUCUCCGGAUGAUAACAGACAUAGAAGGGCGACCUUUACGCAGUCUCCGGAUGAUAACAGACAUAGCAGGGCGACGCUUCUGUCCGUAGAUGAUGACAGACAUCGUCGGUCUGCGGCGGUGAUUUGCCAAUCUCAUUGUUUGUCUAUCGAUAAAAAGGGAGGCCCAUGAAACAGGAUCACUCUGUUAUUGGGGAUAUGAGGCUAUGAGGCAUGAUCCCCGGGGUAUUGAAGAUACUAAAGACAAUAGACGCCUUGGAACACCAGGAACACCUCAGUCUAUCAGACAGAGAAGGUAAUCCGUCAGGAAGAAAACGGUUCUCUGGUGAUCUGGAAAAUGCAUAACCCUGUCCCAUCUGAGGAAAUGUGUAAUCCUUAGGUAAUAGACAAUAAUAGAGAUACGUCUUUAAUCACAGAGUCAAUUAUAUCACAUAAAUCAUGUAAGCACAUAAUAAAGUUGAAUAAAUAAUAUAUGUAUUACUGAA